GGCAUCACUAGGAAACGAAAAUACGUAACAAAGGCAUGCCAUAUAUAUUUUUGACGUUUGUUUAAUUUGGUUUGUUAAAAGGAUUAACAGAGACUGCAAUUACGGAGCGACCGAUAAGUGAAUAGCAAAAUGUUGCCCCACCUGAGCACCGAGGAAAUCCUGCCGUCCGCAACGCGCAAAGUGUAUAUUAAUCCCAAUUUUCAGAUGGCUCUGCAAGGCCGAAUUGCUCAUCCGUUUCAGCCCCUGCAACAGCAAGAGUCGCAGCCACCGCCACCGCUACCGCCUGCCAUCCAUAUAAACCCGCACUUCCUGCAACGCCAGCAGGCUAUGUACGAGGAGUAUCGCCGUCAGGAGCGGAUCCAGGAGAUGCAGCAACAGGUCUGCGUUCCGUUCUACCAAGAAAGGGCCGCCGCCGAGGUGACGCCACAUAUUCCCGCCAGCACGACGCAGGCAAAGAUCAUAAGUAAGGCCAGCACUUGCCUAGUGCGGAAGGCGCCCGUUAAGGCUGCCCCGCUGCGUGUUCCCUCUCCCGUUGUUGUUGUUGUGCCCCAGCCGCCUCUGGUCAGCAUAUCCAAACGGAAAAUCGUGCGCCAGCCAGCUGUGAAGCCAACGCCCACAACCACGACUGCACCUCCUGCAAAGCGCACAAAAUACAAGCUGGUGCGUGCCAUUUCCCUAACGUUUACGCCCCUGGUUAAGAAGCGACGCACCCUGGGGGACUUUGUGGGCCAAUACGCCCUGCAGCGUACCAACGAGGCGGAGACAGCGAAAAAGCCGAGCUCAAAGCCGCAAGUGGUUAAGGCCAGCGUUAACAAGUCACUGAGCAUGGUCAGCAUACAUGGAGUGAUGUACAAGAAGAUAUCGAAGAACAAGCUCACCAAACUGGAUGCCCGAACAGGAGCUGUUGCCAAGUGUACGACACCCAGGACCGUCAAGCGAACAUUGUCCGGCCGCACUCUGCUUGUCAGCGGCAACAAGUUUAUCAUCGAUCCCUCGGGCUGCCGUCUAACCAGAGUGCCAGCUGCCAUCGAGGCAGCAUCGUCAUCAACAACAGCUGCCAGUGGUGCAGCCCAGCUAAAUGGAAAUAGGACCACUCUCCGUCGCAUCGAUAUCGGUGGCCUGACCUAUGUGGCCUCGGCCAAGACCAAGAACGUGUUCAUACGCACCACGAAUCAUGUGUCGCGCGCCCACUUGAUUACCGCCAGGCAACGCAGUCUGACGCUGCUCAACAAGUCGCUGGUGAAGACAAAUGUGCCGUGUGCCAUUUACCAGAAGCUCGGUAAAUGCGCGGCGCACAGUCGCGGAAAGUGCCGAAAAUUGCACGACAAGCGACAGGUCACCAUCUGUCCAAGCUUUCUGCGCGGCGAAUGCACCAAAUCCGACUGCCUGCUGUCGCACAAUGUUACGCUGGAGAAGAUGCCCGUCUGCCGCUACUAUCUGCGAGGCGUCUGUGUGCGCGAGGACUGCCCCUACCUGCACAAGAAGCUCAGCCGCAAUACCGAGAUCUGUAUUGACUUUGUGCGCGGCUAUUGCUCGCUUGCUGCCGAGUGCAACAAGCGUCACGAGUUUGCCUGUCCCGAGCUGGAGCGCAAGGGCACCUGCGAGUUGGCCAAGUGCCGCUUCUGCAAGCAAACCUCAAAGCGGCUGAUAAAGCCCAAGCCCAGGACGAAGAGAAAAUCUGUCAGCAUUCAGGAGACUCCACAGACGACUGCUAACCCAAGCACGGAGCAGCCCAGUAGUUCCCGUUACUUUAGGUGCGAAGGCGAGCAGACGACCCAGGACGAGUCCUCUGCCGUUGACCAGCCAAAUGGCGAUAGCAUAGAAGAUCUGCCCGUGGAGGAGGAGAAGACGUACGCGGAUAUGGAUACGGAACCAGUUAGCUUCCGUCGACGACCAAAGUUAGGGGCACUGCCUGCCUUCAUACCGCUAGGUGAUGGGGAAUGAUAAGUGUGAUGUAUAUAUGUGACGAUUCUUGGACCCAACGUUUCAGGUACAAAUCAAUUUGGUUAAGUAUGGUUCUAUAGUUUAUUCUAGGUCCUCAUUUUUAUAGUUUAUUCAAUUUGAUUAUUACGAAAUAAAGAAAUAUAUAUUUGCUUA